ACGUCGACUUCCUUUUCCGGUAAAAUCCCAACAUGGCGGCCGAGGCAGACAAAAGGAAGAACAACGUCAUGCGCCAGUUGCGCAUCGUCAAACUCUGUCUGAACAUCUGUGUUGGGGAAUCUGGUGACAGAUUGACGAGGGCAGCCAAAGUAUUGGAACAGCUCACUGGUCAACAGCCAGUUUUUUCUAAGGCCCGCUACACUGUACGUUCUUUUGGAAUCAGAAGAAACGAAACCAUCGCUGUUCAUUGUACUGUCCGUGGAGCCAAAGCAGAGGAGAUUUUGGAGCGUGGUUUGAAGGUUAGAGAAUACGAAUUGAGAAAGAACAACUUCUCAGCCACAGGAAACUUUGGUUUUGGUAUCCAGGAACACAUCGAUUUAGGAAUCAAAUAUGAUCCUUCCAUUGGAAUCUACGGCAUGGAUUUUUACAUUGUUCUUGGAAGACCAGGUUUCAACAUUUCACAGAGGAGGAGAAGGAAGAGCAAGAUUGGCUGUCAACACAAAGUCAACAAGGAGGAAUCCAUGAAGUGGUUCCAACAGAAGUAUGAUGGCAUCAUUCUUCCUGGGAAGUAAAAAGAGACAGUGACAGAAAAAAAAAGACAUUACUUCUCUAUCGGCAUUAAAGGGGCUGUGACGAGAAAA